GCUUGUUUUUACACAGGAAACAGAUCUGGUGGUGUUGUUGGAGCUGCGUCUCUGCUUUCUGUUUUGGUCGAUUUCUUCUGUGCUUCUCAGAGGUUCUGGUGUGAAGGUGUGUAACGUAAAGAAUGGACAGAGUGGUCAUGGACUGGGCUGUGUCCAUGUCCGUGUUUUACCUGCAGCUCCAUCCACUGUAGAUCCUAAAACAGACUGAGACAACAGUCAGGGCAGGGAAUUAAAUGCAUCUCCAUAUCAUGUGAACUCAACAGAACUGUGUGUCAGAUGUGCACGCAACCAUUUGAUUAGUGAAGGUUUAGGCAUCGUUAUGUUAUAGGUUAGAAAGAGUCGUGUUGGGUAAAAUGGAAAAAGAGAAAUUUAAGGUUUGAUGAAACACACAGUUAUCUUUAAACAAUAAUAUAAAAAUGUGUUUUACACGCAAAUAUUUUUUUUUGAACAUUACCCCAAUGAAAAUCUAGUGUCAGUGAAGUAACAUUCUGAGCGGCUUCUCAAUCAUCAGUGUUGUCUGAUUAACUUUGUUCUUUUUAAAAAUCAAAUAAUUUCACUAACUACACAACGGCAGGUCUUAUGUGUACAAAUUACAGAACUGUAGCUGCACAAACAUGGAGGGCGUGGCCUGCCUGAGGUCCAGAUCUGCCUUCUAUUAGAAAUUUACAAACAUUACCAACAACAAAAAACAAAAAAACAUUAAGAGCAGUGAAGGUGUUUUCUGUUUUUGUGGGGAAUGAAGUUUGAAAUGAUACAAUAUAAACAAAUAUGACAAAAAUAUACAUUUAGAGUAGAGGCUUUUAGAUAUUCUAAAUACUAAGUCUUAAAUACCUUGGGUAAUUAUUGAGCACAUACACACACACACACAUGCACAUACACACAACAGGAGUUGGGUGAGUGAGUGAGUGAGCGAGUGAGAGAGAGACACCACUAGCUACAAGGAAGCGGCACACUCUUACUGCAGAGACGGAACCAAACUUCUCUCUGAGUUUUUGUUUUCAGCGUCUUCUCCAUUCAGAGUGAUCUGAAAUAUCUGUCGUCGGAAGAAGAGAAAAGCUAACAGAGGAUGAAACACUCCUCAGUUUGGUCUUUGCUGCUGCUUUGGAGCCUGACAGUCUCAAAGGUCAGCAGUGAGAUCUCAGUAAAGACCACACAGGACGGCAUUAAGAUGACGUGCAAGAAUAAUGAACAUCACUUCCAAGGUUUUGAUAAAAAUCCUCUGGAGGUGCUGUACAAAGACGAUCAGUCAGGAGAGUACAUUUGCGAGGACGCAGACCAUUCCCCACAUUCUAAGAUCUUUGUGAAAUUCCGAACCUGUGACAACUGCAUUGAGUUCGAUGUAGGCUCCAUCGCCUUCAUGGUUGCGGGGGAAGUGAUUGCCAUGCUGGCCAUUGGAGUGGGGGUCCACCUGGUGGCCUCUCACACUGGUUCGGCUCCUGCCCAGACGACAAGUUCUGAGAGAAAACGUAACGUUCCAAAUGACAGAAUCAGCGGCGCCUCCAACGAACCAUACCAGCCUCUGCGAUUCAGGAAAGACGCUCAGAAAGAUGAGUAUGAUGUCAUUAACAGAAGAUAGAAGGGUGAAGACUCCUCUCCCUCCUCUUCUUGUCCCACCUCCUUUUCUUCUUCUUCUUCUUCUGUCACACCAACAAUGUGUUUUAUCAUCAACCGUUUGUGUUUUUUCCACUUACAACGUAAACAGUCUGACAUAAAAAUAAAGUUUUUCUUUCCACCAAA